AACUGUCAGAUGAGCUGUCAUUUUUUACUUUGGAAUCGCUCCGCGAGGCCUACCGGUUUUCGAUUUUUUUAUUUUAUUAGCCUUUACUAACUUUAAUCGUAUGCAGUAAAGUUAUUUACAUAUUAGUGAAUGUUUAGUUAGAAUCACUGUGCCCAUCAUAAGUGUUUUGUGUAUAAUUAAUUAGCUCCGAACAAUCGAGAUGUUUAAACUAAGCAUAAACCUAACUAGAAGUACUUCUUUAGCUCUUAAACGCACAAUGUCUUCCCAAGAAUCUGAUGUUCUAUUUGAAACACUGAAUAAUGCUGGCAUUGUCACACUAAACCGACCAAAAGCCUUGAACUCAUUGAACACGUCCAUGGUAACAAAGUUGCUGCCUCAGCUACAGCAAUGGGAGAAGCAAAAAACACUAGUUAUAGUUAAAGGUGCCGGGGAGAAAGCCUUCUGUGCUGGCGGAGACGUUAAAGCAGCAAUCGAUAAAGUAGAGGGUCCCAGAUUCUUCAGAACUGAAUAUAAUGUAAAUUAUGUGAUUGGUAACUAUAAGAUCCCUUAUGUAGCGAUUAUCAAUGGCAUCACAAUGGGAGGAGGCUUGGGGAUGUCUGUCCACGGGAGAUACAGGGUGGCAACUGAGAAGACGGUGAUAGCGAUGCCUGAGACGAAGAUUGGCCUGUUCCCUGAUGUGGGUGGCUCAUACUUCCUGCCACGGUUGCAGGUCAACCUUGGGUUAUACUUAGGAUUAACUGGUGACAGAUUAAAAGGCAGUGAUGUGGUGAAAGCCGGCAUUGCCACUCACUACGUUCCAAGCAGACGUCUACAUGAGUUAGAAAUGCUGUUGUCUCGAUGCACCAAUGAGAUGGAGGUGGACUCGUUAAUCAACAAGUUCCACGAACCCCUGGAAGAGUUCUCCCUGGCCCCACAUAUCAAACACAUCAACUACUGCUUCGCGGCAUCAACCAUUGAAGAAAUAAUUGAGAGGCUUGAGAAGGUCCAGAAUGACUGGUCGGUGAAAACAUUGAAGACACUGCAUCAAAUGUGUCCUGGCUCGCUGAAGAUAACGCUGCGAGCGUUACAGCGCGGCGCACAGCUGGAGCUGGGCCAGUGUCUGCGCAUGGAGUACCGCCUCGCCUGCCGCGCCACCAUGAACCACGACUUCCCCGAGGGUGAGUGUAGAACAGGGCCGCGUGUCUCGUGUCCAGGUGUCGCACCAGAUGUGUCCUGGCUCGCUGAAGAUAACGCUGCGAGCGUUACAGCGCGGCGCACAGCUGGAGCUGGGCCAGUGUCUGCGCAUGGAGUACCGCCUCGCCUGCCGCGCCACCAUGAACCACGACUUCCCCGAGGGCGUUCGCGCACUCCUCAUCGACAAGGACAACGCGCCCAAGUGGCAGCACAAGACCCUGGCAGAAGUGGACGACGACUACGUGGAGAGCUACUUCAAGAAGCUGCCGCAAGACCAGGAGCUCGUCUUCCACGACGCCAAGCUGUGAGCCAGUUUCACGUUACGGGCGGGUGCAUUUAGUACGUUGUCUCGCAAGAACUGACUGAACCGUCGUUUGUUUUCAUUUGAGUCAUGAAAUAACGUGAUAGAACAAACUACACUCGCGAGCAAAAAUAUGGAAUCAUCCUAUUUGUUUCGAGCUAUCACAAAAACUAAA